AUGCCUUCCUUAACCGCCUAUACACCCUACGAGACGCUUGCCUUUUGUCAGUCUGUGGCCCGUCAUGGCGCCGACACCCCAGCAUUCGAGGACAUUGCGAAAGCGCUGAAUACAAACCAACUGAUUCGAGAGAACCAAGCCUACGACCAUACUCGAUUGACUGCGGCCGCGCUUCGAGAGCUGUACCAGGGUUUACUGGUGGAAGAGAAAAACUCCAAUGUCCCUCAAACCAACGGUGACAAUGUGAACCCGCGCAAAAGGAAGCUGUCGGCUUCUCCUCCUCCGGAAAAUGGCCAUCAAACCGACGAGAUACUGUUUGAAUCUUUGGUCGACCGACUUUACGCGGGGUUUCGCGAGCAGACGAUCAAAGAGAUCCGCGUGGAAGAGGAGGCUUAUGUGAAACUGGAGGCUGAGAUUGUCGAGCUGGAGAAUAAGAUUGAAAGCGAGCAACAAGAGCAGAGCGUGGUUGAAGAACUCAAAAUCGAGGCACCGUUGCAACCCAAGGAACAAACCGAAGAUGGCACUCUGAGUGCGUCCGACAGCCGACCCAGCCCUGAUCUAGCAGCUGCUCAAUUGCAUGCCAGCCUUGAUGCAAGUCGUGCCGAGCAGGCCGAAUCGAAACCAGAGCUACCAGCUACAGAAGUAAAGGCGUCUACUUCUCCUUCUCAAUCGGCUCAACAGCCACCUGUGGCAGCGUCUGCUUCUCCGGCACCAUCUACUCCCAGCCUCACAACAGUAAAAGCACCAGAUGCCGGUCAAGGUCGUCAGUCGCAGCCGGCUAGCCAUCCUCCGCACCACUCCCCAGGAGCUUUCCACCGUACCCUUCCGACACCAUCGCCUCAACGACCGAACUAUGGCCCGAUCAAUCCUCAGCAUUACCAACCGGGGCCGCAAGGUCAGCCUGUCCCGGUGCUGCCGGGCAUGCCAGGCGUACCUCAUAUGCCUCCACCUCCCGAGAUGCCAGGCCACAAGCGAGGGAGCACUCCAUCUGGUCAGGGCAGAGGGUCACCGAUUCCUAUGCCGCCUCAGCAGGCUUAUCCAGGAUAUCCAGGAUACCCUCCGCCCCCUUGGCCGCAUCAGAUGCCCUCACAACACCAGUACCCUCAGCCACCGUAUGGGAAUGCGCCUUAUUAUGUGCAAUCCCCUACAGGGCGGCCGGGAAUGCCAUAUCAGACUCCGCGCCACCCACCUUACCAACCAUACCCUCAGAGCGCUCCCGGUCAUUAUCAGGGUCAGCCGCCUCCGCCUCAUGGUUGGCAUCCUCCAUAUGGACAGCCAUAUUACGGCUAUCCUGGACCUGCAAAUGUUACGCCCGUGCCUCGCAGCGAUUCCAGGCGGCAGUUGAUCCGAGGCCGCUCGUCGACGCCCUGGAAGAAACGUGUCGACUCAGGUAGAAACGGUCGCCAGCCCAGCCCAGUCCGUCCUGAAAGGGAUGUCAGUCCACUCACAGACACUGAAAAGGAUGCGGAAAUGUCACCGCAAGCCAGCAAAAUCAGGCAGACUCCUGACAGACCGGGCCAGAGAACAAGCGGAAACCUUUUGCCGGCCCCAGAGGCCUCAACAGUACGAGGCAGACAGGCAGCAAGCGCCACUCCGUCGGCUGUACCUGCGUCUAGAUCUGCGUCAAUGGCCUCAUUUACAUCUGAGCCCACUACGGAAAAACGUAGAAGAGGCCGUCCGCCCCAAAAGAUCAAGGCUGAACCACCGAGUACGCCUGCUCCAAUGUUGUUGGACAACGAACAAGCCGAGACCCCUUCCACGCAGCUUGAUAAGGCGACCAAGGAGACCUCCACCUCGAGGACUGCUGCCAACAAGCGGAAGCGUUCGCCGGAACGAGACUCGGCUACUCCUCAAUUACCAUCUCCCCCUUCGGUGCAAAUACCACGACGGACUGCGCGCGACUCUUCACUCGUCGCGGUCUCGAAGAACUUUGCCAAAACGUCACAGCUUCUCCUCAACGAGAUUCUGUCACAUAAGCUGGCGGGGAUAUUUGCCAAACCACUAUCCGAACGCGACGCUCCCGGCUACAAGGAUCUAGUGCAUCGUCCACAGGACUUGAAGAGUAUCAAAGCGGCCAUAUCUCGAGGUGGGAAAGCGGCGUUGGCGGCGAUCGAGGCUUUGGAGAAUGAAGACGAAAGUGAGGAUGACACCCCGAAGAAGAACAACCGUUCAGCCCCACCAACAGCGGAUACUGUGCGAGAAGGCCCUAUCGGUAACGGUGUCUACUUGGUCAAAGUCACUGAAGACUUGGUGCCUCCGCGAGGGAUUGUCAAUUCGUCACAACUGGAGAUGGAGCUGGUGAGAAUGUUCGCCAAUGCCAUCAUGUUCAAUCCCCUGCCCACAUCGGAGAGAGGCUUUGGCCGGUCUCUGCGCCUGAAGAGGGAUCAGGAGGACAUUGACUCGGAUGACGAGGAAGAAACAAGUGAAAGCGACGUCACGUCCAGCGGGCAGGGCACUCCCGCUGACGAAGGGGGUAUCAUUUCCGACACUCGCGAAAUGUUUGAAGACGUGCUGGCGCAGAUCCGCAGAUGGCGCGAAGAUGUAGAACGACUAGGUGAUGAUGAUGGAGGCACCGGACCCAAGACUGGACACGCUGGAUCUGGAUCUGGUUCUGGUCCUCCUGCCGCAUCCGCGCAUCAGCAGCUUCACGGUAACGCCAACGCCAGCGCAACGGCCAGUGCUCGGCACUCUAGCGUCGGGUCGGGCAUGAAUGAUGACGGUGGCGGUGCUGCGACGACGACGGCAGAGGUCGCAACGCCUGUUCCUACCACGGGCACUGCCAGGAAGAGAAGAAGGAUUGCAGAGAAUUGA